CGCCCCCCUCCCCUCGCGUGACGUCACCCUCCUUCCUUCCCGUCUCUCCCUCCGACCGCUGCUAGCACAGUUAGCACUAGCGCGCUAGCCCCCAGCAGCUGUCGGUGGCACUCAGUCCAACCAGUCAGUCCGAGUGGUGGUGCGUUUGUAAUCAUCAACAUCCUCCUCCACCACCACCUCCACCACCUUCCCUCCCGUAGAAAAACCGUGGACGGCCAGGUUGUUUCUUCGGGAGCCAGCUGCUUCACCUCACCGGGCUUUACCUGCGGUCAGAAACCUUGUUGUCUUCGCCGUCGCGACAGGAAGAAGAGCCCUGUGACAUGGCCAGACCAGAGCAAGUCCUGGUGCUAGAGCCACAACACGAACUGAAAUUCAGAGGCCCGUUUACAGAUGUCGUCACUGCCACUCUGAAGCUCACCAACCCCACAGAUAGAAAUGUGUGUUUCAAAGUCAAGACAACCGCGCCUCGCAGAUACUGUGUGCGCCCAAACAGUGGCAUCAUUGACGCUGGAUCCUCCAUCAAUGUCUCUGUCAUGCUACAGCCUUUUGACUACGACCCCAAUGAAAAGAGUAAACACAAAUUCAUGGUGCAGUCCAUGCUGGCUCCGUACGACAUGACUGACAUGGAAGGAGUUUGGAAGGAGGCAAAGCCCGAAGAGCUGAUGGAUUCAAAGUUGAGAUGUGCAUUUGAGAUGCCUCUAGAAAAUGACAAAACUCAUGAGAGUGAAAGCAACAAAACUGUGUCUUCCUCUGCCUCCUCUGUUAAGACUGAGCACACUGCGCUGCCUAAGUCUGCCAGCGCCUCGCUGGAUGACGGAGAGGUGAAGAAGAUCAUGGAGGAGUGCAAGCGGCUGCAGAUGGAGGUGCAGAGGCUACGGGAAGAAAACAAACAGAUCAGGGAGGACGACGGGCUGCGGAAGAGAAAGGUGACCUCAGUGUCCGCCUCUCACUCUUCUUCCAUGGCAACCUCGGGCAUGAGGGACGAAGGCCUAAGCACCCGCAUCCUGGCGCUCUGCGUGCUCUUCUUUGUCAUCGGAGUCAUCAUUGGCAAGCUGGCCCUGUAGAGACACGGACAGACAGAGCACAAUGAUGGGCGGACGGACGGACGGCGUGCUCGGGAGGACACGUGUCAUUGAUGGCAACGGGGGAUGUCUUCUUGGUUUAUGUUGAUUUCUCUUUCUUUGUUUUAAACAUUUAAGGCAAUAUCGUGAUGGUUUGUCUGGAUGGAAAAUAAUUUAAUGUGUAAAAAAAGAAAAAAAGAAAAAAAAAGAAAACGAAAGAAGGCGAUCCCAAGUUAAACCAUGAGUGCGAGCGUUUUUUUGUCACAGGUCUUGCCUUUUUCUCUUUUUUUCCGUGAAAUAAUCACCACCUCUGAUCUGUUCUUUCCGUCCAUCCCUCCUUCCUAAAUGAUCUUCCGCAACUUGCACAGGUAUCAGUUAGUGGUGUGUGGAAGUGGCUUCACGCUGGCUGAAUGUUUAAAGUCUUUCAUUGAUUCUUUAUCGAUUCUUAAGUCUUCAAUUUUCCUCACUCACAUUGUCUAUAAAAAAGAUCUAACACUCCUCCUCUGAUGAAUCUCUCUUCCACUUAUUACUGAUAAUCUGCUCAAAGAGGUGAACACAAGUGAUCAGUGAAAGACUUUUUUUUUCUAGACUCAAACUCUAUGUAUUGUCUUCUGAACAGUAUGUGGUAAAAAUGUGAGCCAGUAGAAGCCAUGCGUUUCUGUGUGUGUGUGUGUGUGUGUGUGUGUGUGUCUUCAUUUUUUCCCCUCCUGCAGGAGGGCUGAUGUGACUGAGUGUGGAUGUUUUUAUGUGGAGGAGACCACAAAUGGUGAAAUCACAGGCUGUUUUAGAGCGAAGGAAGAGGGGUGGUUUGAAAACAAAACUGUCAUCUGAACAGAUUUCCUGUAGGCAACAGAAAACCGGGGGUGUUUGUUGAAAAUCAAAACUAAAACUUUUGAUCGGUUUGGUCUCUGACCAGACCAGUAAACUAAAUCAAAUUUGUCAAAUUAUAACUCAGUAAAACCAGGAUGAUAAAGAAUAUAUGCUGCACAGUGAUCUAAUUAAAAAACAAAGCUGUAAUCAAGUUCCAAGACAUCAAAUUUUUCCAGUUAACACUUUAAUUUUCUUCCUUUAAUUACUUCCUCACAUCGACAAAGAUUUAAAAAAAAUAAAUAAAUAAAAAAAUUCCCCUCCUUCAAGCAUUGAACUUGCAAAACCAACUCAGACAUUUUCAAUAUAUAGCACACAGUAUGUAACAAUAGUUUUGGCCACCUUGUUUAAUUUUUUUGCCCAUGGAGUAUUGUAUUUGCGUCCUCCAGUGUAUUACAGCAGGUGUUUGCUUUUUUUUUUCUUAUAUUAUCAUGUAGCCACGAUGCUUCUGUUGUUUAUAAUAUUCAAAUGCACUAUAUUCAAGUGUCCACUCUGCAGUCUGCAUGAAAUGACCUGGAUUUCUUAUCAUUAUUAUUAUUAUUUUUUUGAGUGUUGGAAAUUAUAUUAUCAAAACAAAAACAAAAAAUUACUGUCUUUUCAAAAGGGACCAUCUUGAGUCUGGUUUAUCAGUUUGUGUGUGUUUUGUUUCCUUUCGAUUAUAUUUUUCUUUUGUGUUCUGUUGGGCUCUGGUGGUUGUGAGAUAGAUUGAGACAACACAGCUGUAGUAUCUCGACUAUCGCGUGAUCAUCUAAGCAGGUUGUUUAAAAAAAAAAGAAGUAAUAUCUGUAUUUUUUGUUGCCUGAGGGAGCUCGGGGGACAAAGAAGUGAGAAUGUGGGUGGCUGUGAGGAGGACUGACCUGUGAAUACACACUACAUUAAAGAAAGAAA